GAUCAAAUGGAGCUCUUCGCUCAGGGGGUGCGAGUAUUACCUCCGCCAUGCAAUUUCCACUAUCAAUAAUUUAACUUCUUUGCUGCAGACCAGAAGGAGUACAUACCGGGCACCAAAGACUCCCCUCAACCCCACCCCUUCUUUUUAACCAAAGGGAACGUGAAAAAAGAAUAGAGUCUGGGAGUUUCGGGGCCGAAGUCUUCCCCAGAGCAGCUGCCUUGAUGUUUACUUUGACAAGUAGUGACUGAAAAGUUCCACCAGGUGAGAAGAGUGAUGACCAUCCUUUUCCUUACUAUGGUUAUUUCAUACUUCGGAUGCAUGAAGGCUGCCCCCAUGAAAGAAGCCAACCUCCGAGCACAAGGCAGCUUGGCCUACCCAGGUGUGCGGACCCAUGGGACUCUGGAGAGCAUGAAUGGGCCCAAGGUGGGUUCAAGAGGCCUGACGUCCUCGUCGUCAUUGGCUGACACUUUUGAACACGUGAUCGAAGAGCUGUUGGACGAGGACCAGAAAGUUCGGCCCAGCGAGGAAAACAAUAAAGACGCGGACAUGUACACGUCCCGGGUGAUGCUCAGCAGUCAAGUGCCUUUGGAGCCCCCUCUCCUCUUCCUGCUCGAGGAAUACAAAAACUACCUGGAUGCCGCGAACAUGUCCAUGAGGGUCCGGCGCCACUCGGACCCCGCCCGCCGUGGGGAGCUGAGCGUGUGCGACAGCAUCAGCGAGUGGGUGACCGCAGCGGACAAAAAGACCGCAGUGGACAUGUCGGGCGGGACGGUUACGGUCCUUGAAAAAGUCCCCGUCUCGAAAGGCCAGCUGAAGCAGUACUUCUACGAGACCAAGUGCAAUCCCAUGGGUUACACGAAGGAGGGCUGCAGGGGCAUAGACAAGAGGCAUUGGAACUCCCAGUGCCGAACUACCCAGUCGUACGUGCGGGCCCUCACCAUGGAUAGCAAAAAGCGUAUUGGCUGGCGGUUCAUUCGGAUAGACACUUCCUGUGUAUGUACACUGACCAUUAAGAGGGGAAGAUAGUGGCUUUAUGUUGUAUAGAUUAUAUUGAGACAAAAAUGAUCUAUUUGUAUAUAUACAUAACAGGGUAAAUUAUUCAGUUAAGAAAAAAAA